AUGUCUGAAAGAAAAGCCAUCAACAAAUACUAUCCGCCAGACUAUGAUCCCGACAAAGUUCCAAAGAAAAAGAAAAACACCAACCCAAACAUCAAUCGGGUAAGGCUUAUGCUUCCAUUUUCGAUGAAAUGUCUCCUGUGCAACGAAUAUAUUGCUGCACGUAGAAAGUUCAAUGCCCGGAAGGAAAUCACCGCAGAAAAGUACUUGGAUGUGAAAAUUAUUAAAUUCCACAUCAAGUGCCCCCGCUGUAAUGGCCAACUUGUGUUUCGCACCGACCCUAAGUCGAGUGGCUUCGAGCCAGUUUCUGGAGCUGUAAGGAACUACGUUUCGAAGGGAAAAGAGCACAAACCAGAGGAAACAGAGGAUGAAAUGCUUGAGAGAUUGGAGAGACAAGAGCGCGAGAAUCAGGAGUUUCAGCAACAAAAACAAAAGAGGAAAAAUAACCCGUUCUGGCAGGCCCAGCUGUCAUCGGGAACAAUGGACUCGCUAGAAGAGAAAUUAUUGGAACAACAGAAGGAACAAGAAAUGCACGACCAUCUUACGUAUCUACAUGCAAAGGCAGCCAAAUUUCAGGAGGCGGGAGGUGCCGAUGCCGCCAUUGAGAGAGCUCAGACGAAAUUGACUGAGGAUAGACAAGACAUCGAAGAGCCCAAACCAAAGAAGCUCCGCCCCGAGCCAGUCAACAACAAAGCCAUCCCCAUGCCAACAGUUCUGAGAAAGAUUCGGGUUAAUUUGGCAAACUUGGGAAAUUUGGCUCUGUUGAAGACUGCUGGCGAACCCAAAGUCAAGACGGAGAUAGCACCACCAGCGGAAAAUAAUCAGGAAAAUCAAGAUUUAGCGCACGAACUUCCAAAAUCUGAAGAGAAAAUCGACAAAAACAAUUCUAUCGCAGACCAAAACCAAUCCCCGCUAUUGGCGACGCUCGGCGGUUACUCCUCCUCUGAAGAUUGA